AUGCUUUCCCUCAAAGCUCUCCUGCUCGUUUCCGUCUCUUGCCUAGCACAUCUGGCAGCGGCUAGUCCCCUAGACCAUCCUGGCCUGGAAGUCAGGCAAGAAAUCUGCGUCCCCGGUAGCAAGGGCGGGGACAAGGCCACCAUAGGGGACCUCUGCACCAAAUGCAACGUUAACAACUGUCGGAAGGUUGCUGGACAACCACCUUGCUGUUAA